AUGAAGGAUAGAAAAAAUUAUAAACAUAAUAUUAAAUUUUUGGCAGGUGAAUAUUAUAAGUUUUCACCUAGAAGUGGUGAAAAAAUAAGGCCCGAAUGUAAAUUUUUAUUUUUAUUUGAAAAAGUUAUACGAUUGGAAGAAAGAAACAGACAAUUAGAAAAACGAGUUAGUGAUUUAGAAGAAAAAUCUGAUCAAAAAAAAGAAAAAUUUAUAGUGGAUCAUGUUUUUCUUAUA